GCUGGGGGUUACCUUUUGUGUUUGUGUAUUUGCUGUUAUUAGCAAGCUAAAAGGCGAACUAUUAGCAGACAGCUUUGUAAGCUGUCAGGCUGCAUGUUGAAAUAGUUAGAGUCGUUUAGGAGAAAACAGAAGGGUAUAUUUUACAGAAAGGACAUGUCGGACAUAUUGUGUCGGUGGUUGAAUGAGGAGCUCCGGCUGUCCCGGGCUGUUGAGCCAAAGACCUUUGCCAAGGAUUUCUCCAGUGGUUACCUAAUUGGAGAGGUCCUGCAUAAAUAUCAGCUGCAAAAUGAUUUCAAUAUGUUCAUGAAAAAAGACACCUCUGUCUCCAAACUGAACAAUUUUACCCGCCUUGAGCCUACUCUUCGGUUACUGGGGAUUUCAUUCGACGUGGCCACAGCCCAAGGACUGAUGGACGAGAAGCAGGGAGUUGCCACGCACAUCCUUUACCAGCUGUAUUUGUCUCUUGAAAAGAAGAAGAAAGCAGAAAUCAGAGGGACUAUAAUGGAAAUCAUGCAGCCUGCAGCCACUGCUGGCCUGCACAAGAAAGAGCAUGAGAUCUACUGUGAUCGGCUGCACAAGUUGGUAAAACGUGAUGCAGAGCUGAAACUCCAGAAAAUUUGUCAGCACUAUGAUGACAAAUUCCAACAGGUGAUGAAUAGGUCUGUGAUGGCCCAUCCUGUCCAGCAACAGCGGCCACUCAAAGUCCAAGAUGAGAAAAAAGUGUGUCGUCAGAAGCCUAGUGAGCUUGUGACACAUAACCAGACUGCUCUCAUCCAGUUGCCCAAACCACCUCCAAAGUAUUCACUGAUUAAUAUGAAGAAAAAACAACAACAACAACAACAACAACGACAGCAGCGCAGGCAACAACAAGCACAGGCGUUCCAGAAUGAAAUAGCCCAGUUUGAAACAAACAAAAAGAAACUGGCUACUUCCACUCUUACCUCUCCUUUAAGUCGUUCGCCGUACUCUAGAGACUUUCUCCUUAGUGGCACUAACCAAAGUGGUGAGGUCACUGAAAAUCAAGUUAAGCCACAACUACAGUCCAACAGCGAGUACAUCCAGAAGAUCAGACAAAGGCUGCAGGAGGAUGCACUGGCUCGUGAGCAGAGAGAGAAAAGGGUAGACAGAUUCCUUGUGGAGCAACUCAAAGCCCAUGAAGCUCAGGAGGAAGCGAGCCGUGAUGAGUAUCUGGUGAAGCGUUUGACCCGUCAGACGCAGCAGGAGCAGCGUUUGGUAGCGCAGCUCCUACAGAUACGCAAGCAGAAGGAGGUGAUCGUGAAGAACCGCCUGUUCAGAGAGCAGCAGAUCCAGCAGCGCAGGGAGAAGGACUUCAAGGAAGCUCUGGAGAGGGAGGCGGCUUUAGCUCGACAGGCUAAGCUGGACCGUGCUGAAGACAUCAAAAAGGAACGUGAAUUCUGUAACAAGAUUGCCGCCGAGCGUGCUCAGAAAAGAUACGAGAAGCACUUUAAGAGCUGCAAGAACAUUGUGGAGCAGAUAGUGGACUUGGCCACCAAGGUUGGAGAAUAUCAUCAGCUUACUGGGAAUCUGAUUCCAGAAAAACACAUGAGAGAGUGGAAGGAAUUGCUGUUCAGUGGUCUGCCUCUCUAUGAGCCAAUAGAAACGGAGGGCCAGCAGUUUGAGUUCUCUACCCCACUAGACCCUGUAGAGCUUAAGAAGCAGGAGACACUCAACAACCAGGACUAUGAUGAAUACACUAACAUGGUAGGUGAGUGGGUGUGGCCAGAGGAAGCAGGAGAGACCCAGUUACCCCCAACUAACAACAACAUUCUGGGACAUGUGGUUGUGCGACUCAGGAACAUUGCACAACCGCCCAUCGUCAAACCCGCCAAACCUUCAUUUCCUCACUUUACCCUUAAGGCCUGUGUCCUGGGCAAGAUUUGCACCGGGAAGACCACCUGCCUGGCCAAGAUAACAGAAGCCCAUGGUUUUUAUGUUUUAUCAGCUGGCACACUGCUUGAUGAGGCAAUAAAAGUGUAUCGGAAUGGAGAAGAGUUGUCCACUCAGGCCACGCUGGGAGCCUCUGCAGAUAAAGAGAUGAGGGCAGGCAAAGCCGUCCCUGACGAACUACUGGUAGAUAUUAUAGUAGAAGCUAUCAGGCAGAUCCCAGCUAACUCAGGUUGGAUCCUGGAUGGGUUUCCAGCGGACAUCACCCAGGCUUACCUGCUAGAGAAAGCCCUUGGUGGAGCUGUAGAAGGAGAGAAUGACGUUAUAAGCAACAGGAUAAACCUCGCCCUAGACCCUGAUCCACCUAAACCGCCACCACCCCCAGCUCCUGCUCUGGAUGUGGUGCUGCUGCUUGAUAUCCCUGAUGAACAUGUCACCACACGUGGAUACAAUCACAUUCCUACUGACACAGAUGCUGCUAUACACUCCGAUCCUUCAUACAAGAGCCUUUACCUGGCACAGAUACCACACAGGAUUGUUGCUUUUCAGGACAGCUGGCCAAAACUAGAGGAAUGGUUCGGUCAGAAACAAAACAUUUUGGUCCAUGUUGAUGCAAAUGUAGAGAAGGAGGAGCUUUGCAGGAGAAUAGAGGCUGUCCUUCAGGAAGUUAUGAAUAAACCAAAGAAAGAUGUAGUGUUAGACAGUGGAAAUGCUGUAAACAGUGGAACGGCUCAACAAACUACUUCAGUAAAAUCACCACCUGCACACCAAGCCCCUGCCCUCGCAGAGUCUCACACCAGCCUAAAUGAGGAAAAAACAGGAAAUGAAACUGAUGUUCCAACAGAAAAAGGGCAAUCUGGGAUGGCGACACCUAGGUCAGUGUCCAAUGAGGACAACCAAGGGGCCCCGAAGUCUCCUGAAUCUGCCUCUCCAUACCCAGGCUCAUUUAGUUUGCCCUAUGUGGAUGAACCAGUGCCUCCAGAGCUCCCAGAGUACUUGUGCACCCACUGGGACACAGUAUGUGAGUCUUAUGUGAACACCAUAAAGGCAGUGAUGCAAGAGCUGCGUCCAGAACGAACAUGUAUCACCCAUCACCUGUACAAUCUCAGAGAGGAGUUCAAGCACUUCCUGGCCCGCCCAGACCUGAAGCAGGAGUUAGUGUCUCAGUGGCAGAAGGAGUUCAAUAACGUACCUGAUGAUAUGAGAGAUGACGAGGAGACAAAAGCAGAGCUGCAUCAAAGACUGGAUGACCUGCGUGAACGUUUGUGGGACAUGAGUGAUAAACGUAAGGAGGAAGAUGAGCAAGAAUGGGCUGCUGUCAUGGGUGAUGGGUGGCUGGAGGAUCACACUGCUCUCCUGAUUAACCACCACUCUACGCUUACACAGGCGGAGUUGGACCGAUUCCAAGACACGUUCUGUUUGCUCAGGGUUUACUAUCUGAGCAUGUGCAAACAGGUGCUGCCUGAGCCAAUCACUAGCUUUGUCUGUAUCCCUCUGUUGGGCGCUCCAGAUAUGACAACUCAAGAAGAGAGUUGUCCCAGUAGUAAUGAGGCGGCAGCUGCAAAGACACACGGUCACAUGGAUGAUGGAGGGGAAGACCGGAAAACUUUACAUCCUGACUCCUCAGGGGCGGUCACCAAGACAAAUAGCCAGCACCAGACAGAACCUGCCAUGUCACCACAUGACAAACUGAUCUCUGACUAUGAAGAAGCACUCACAACCAUCAGAAAUUUGGUUUCAGGAGAAACCCUGCAGAGUGACAUGGAGACAAAACUGCAAAAAGAGAAACAAGAGAAGGAGAAACCUGCAAGUGCGCAUGGAAAAAAUAAAAAGGAGCAGUCAGCCAAAAAAAAGAAAGGUGCUCCCUCUCCUCCUCCUCCUGCACCCAGCCCUGUUCCAGAUGAAGAAAAAAACCCAGAGUUGAAAGCACUAAGAAUCAAAGUAUAUAACGAAUACGCAGCUGCACUGGAUCAUGAGGAGCGAGCAGCAAAGGUACGUAUCGCACUAGUGAAAGGUCAUGGCCUGGCAAUGGUGCAGUCCCUGAAAAACAGUGCAGAGCAGACCUCUAGCAGCAUGAAACAGUGGUUAGAAGCACGUUUUGUCACUGAAAUGAAGAGUAUUGACCAACUAACAGAAGUGGUGCGCCACCACAUAGAAUCUGCAGCGAAGCUCCAGAAUGAGCUGAUCUUGGACUCUACUAACUUCUAUCUGAAUGGAGACUGUCACAUGGUGGCUAAUCCUCCACCCCCGUCCCGUCCACCCAGUUUGGAAAAACCCUCACAGUCCACCCUCACCAUUGUUCAGCUAGAGUUACUCAACAGGCAGUUUUACGAUGUUGCUCCAUCAGGCCUCAUAGCCAGUUUUGACUUCUACAAUGUGCUGAUGGACAUCACCUCUGUUAACAUGGGCAGAGACUCCCUGCCUGAGAGGUGGAUGAAAAUGAAUGAAACACAGUUGAUGGAGAUAGUGUCUCUACUGAAGGACGAACAUGAACUGGUAGACUGGCGCCGGUUCCUGCUCAGCUGUGCCCUCCCCUGGCCGUUACCCACCCUAACACAGCUGUUAACCACACUUCAACAAUUCAAAGCAGCAGACAGUGGAGAAACAGGCUACAUUAAUGAAGAACAGUACCUGCAGACACAGUUGUGGUUUUCCAAUGAUUGUGUCCAGUCUGUUCCAGAGGACCCCUCUGACCCUCUGCCCUAUGACCGUUUUUCUAACCUACGUAAGUUCUUUUUCCAGUUGUUUGCAGACCACUCUGUCUGCCCACCUCAUCUGGACUAUGUGUCAAUGCUUCAGUACUUUGCAGCUGAUCCAAACCCCAAACAGGGCUUCAUCAGAGCUCUGAGUGUAGUUCAGGGGCAGCAUCUCAAGCAGUCAUCAUCCAGUCACUUGGUCAAGUCUAUGCCCAGUAUUGUAGAAGAUACUGAAUUCAGCUCCCCAGAACUUUGUGGAGAAGACAAAGAACAGGUGAAUCCUUGUACAUCCAGCAGUUUUUCGAGAGAUCAGGAAGUGUCCCUCCCUACUCUGGCUACUGUCACCUGCCACAGAGGAGUCAGGGUGACGGACAGUGACCACCUUCCUCCCAGUUGUAUGAGCCAGGCGGAGCACACUGAGGUCCUGGAGUGUGUUUUCAGAGAACUGGGCUACAGGCCUGAGGAUCGUGUCCCUUUCUCUGUUCUCUGUCAGCAUCCGGUCAUCCAGGACCAGAUGGAGACCUCAACCAAGUACCAGUUUAUAAACAUUCACAGAGUGCUACUAGCUGAUCAGGAAGAAGGAGAGAUUCACAACAUGAGACCUUCCUAAAUCCUUCCGCCUACACAUAAAUGCAUGAACUAUUUCAUUUACAAAAUUAAGAUGGCUCUUAUGUUGCAUUGAAGUAUUCACAUUAUUGCUGGAAAUAUUUAGCCUUAUCCUGAUGAUUUACUCCAGUAUUGAAUAAACUAAUCUGCGUCUCGUCUGUUGUCGCAAUUGCGUCAGUCUGUAGAAAUCUCCGAUGAAGGUAGGAAUGACAACAUGAUUAAAAUGACAACGGUAACAAUCAGCGGCUGCAGGAUUGACCCCUCUGACUCACUUUCUUCUCCUGACAUACUCCAUCAGUUUUUCUGACUGACUUGUUUUUCUAAUGACCUCUCUGACACAGAAAGGCAUUGGUUGUGGCUACAAUGAGCGCAUUGUCCAGGAUAACCUACAUGUCAAGCCUGACUUCCCAGCAACUGCCUGUCCGAGCGGUGAGCACCCAUAACCCCGCCACAGACCGUUCAGCGGCGACUGUGUCCACUACUCCUAUCUACAACACACCAAACUGACGUGGACGUGUGGAAAUAAAGACAAAAAUAUCAAAAAACAUCAGCCACAAACCAUGUA